AUGAUCCUCCUCGAGCGUCAUCAUCCACGAUGUCCUCACCGACCGCUUCAUCAACUCAAGCGAUCUGGCGCGAUAGCUAACAGCAGGCCCGGCCGCGCGGACAUCCAGUUCGUCGACUAUGACAGUGUGCGGUUCCACAUCUCGACGCCCGAGUCCAAGACGGUGCUCCUGCUAUCGAUGGCGAUCCAGUGCUGGCCCGACCUCCUGAAGUACGGCUCGCGCGAGCACCUCGAGAAGGAGUACGGAGACUACAUCCUGCCGCAGAGCCAGACCGAGUCCGAGUACGACGUGUCCUUUGCGAUCGACCUGGAGCGUCUGCCGCAGUCGGAUGAGGAGAAGGCCGAGCUGAUCCGCCACUUCUCUCUUGUUAAGCGCAACGCUCUUGCUGCGCCGUUCCUGGGCUCCUUCGAGGAGCAGCGCCACCUUGCCGAAACGUAUAAGCCUCCGCAGGGACUGGACGACCAGCCGCGCGAGUCACAGGGCGAGCUCAAGGUGAUCAACUACCGGGACGGGGAGGCGAUCUUCCUUCGUGCGUCGCACGACCGUGUGACGGUCAUUUUCUCGACCGAGUUCAAGGAGGAGACGGACCGAAUCUUUGGCCGCGUGUUCCUGCAAGAGUUCUACGACGCGCGCAAGCUGCAAGCGCUCCAGUCCGCGCCGCAGGUGACGUACUCGAACCGCGAGCCGCCGCUCGAGAUCCGCCACCUCCCCGGUCUCCGCCGCAACGAGAACGUCGGCUACGUCACCUUCAUCCUCGCCCCGCGCCACUUUGCCAACCCCGAGCUCGCGAUCGGCACGAUCUCCCGCAUCCAGCUCUUCCGCGACUACCUCCACUACCACAUCAAGUGCUCAAAGGCGUACAUGCACUCGCGCAUGCGCUACCGUGUUGCCGAGUUCCUCAAGAUUCUCAACCGCGCAAAGCCCGAGGUCCAGACGCACGAGCGCAAGACCAUCUCGGGACGCACGUUCAGGUCGCGCUAA